AUGGACUCUGAUGAUCCUGCAUGCAUCACAGCUCUGUCUGCACCCACACUAAACUCAUCUGUUGCACUAACUCGAGAUAAUAUUCCUAAUGUAGUGCAAUAUGAAUUGUCUCUCAGAGAUAGGUACAACACAGCUCCUGGUCCAGAUGAAUCUAUCAGAGAUAGAUACAAUACAGCUCCUGGUCAAGAUGAAUCUCGCAAAGAUAGGUACAAUACAGCUCCUGGUCCAGAUGAAUCUCUCAUAGAUAGGUACAACACAGCUCCUGGUCCAGAUGAAUCUCUCAGAGAUAGGUACAACACAGCUCCUGGUCCAGAUGAAUCUAUUAGAGAUAGGUACAACACAGCUCCUGGUCCAGAUGAACCUCUCAUAGAUAGAUAUAAUACCGCUCCUGGUCCAGAUGAAUCUCUCAGAGAUAGGUACAACACAGCUCCUGGUCCAGAUGAAUCUCUCAGAGAUAGGUACAACACAGCUCCUGGUCCAGAUGAAUCUAUCAGAGAUAGAUACAACCCAGCUUCUAGUCCAGAUGUAUCAACUUAUUCUCAUCUUAAACAUGCUUCAACAUGA